AUGGCCAGGUCCAGCCGAGCCUCCAUUUCUGGGGAGGGCGGCCAAGUGCUUUGGCUUUGCCUAAGCUUUCAGGUGUUGGUCGUGUCCCAGCGGAGCUUGAUGCGGCUGUACCGGGACUGUCGCCUCCACGUCACGAAGCUAACUCCCUUGGAUUUGGAGGAGAUCUUCAACGAGGUCCGGCUGUCCCACGCCAUGAACUUUGGGCAGGAGGACGCCAGCGCUCUUUCCCUCGUGGAGCAGGGCCUGUCCCUGGAGAUGUACGUGGAGGUGCUGCUGACCGUGGCCUGCAGGGCGAAGCUGGAGCUUUUUCAGCCCACCGCGUAUCAAGACAAGCUGGAGUUCAUCAUUGAGCAUCACUUGCCCAUGGCGGGCACGCCGCGAGAUGAGAUGGUUUACGCACUCAUCGUGGACGAUUCCUUGGAUGAGGUCCUGAAUGAGUUCGCGGGAAGGCUGCGCUCGAUCUUCACCGCCUAUGCUGGCAGUGCACGCAAUGUGGAGCGUGACCGACGCCGGCAUCGGGGGGCAAUGGUGGAGGUCACGGCCGUAAAGUCUCAGAAGCAGGCGGGCCUGUGGCUUCGGGGCUAUUUAGGGCUGUAA